UAAACGGAAUUUAUCAAGGGACAUAAUUAUGGAAGAAACAACAGAUACUGUUAAAGAAAUAAAUAAAGAAGAGAAUUAUAGAAGAAUAUCAAAAGUAUCUUAUGUGACAAGAGGUGAUACAACUUCUAAAAGUGAUAGCACUACUGAAGUUGGCGGGACAGAGUCACCGAUAUCUUUAAAAAGAGUUUCUGAAAAAGAUGUCCUCUCUCCUACUUCUUCAAAAACCUCAUCAAAAAGAAUCUCUAAAGAAUCAACCAUACUAUACCUUAAUAACCGUGACAAAUUACUAUUAUUAAUUGGGUUAUCACUGGCAUUCUUUCUAGUAAUAUUUGACAUAACCAUAAUAGCGAAUCAAAUUCCUAAAAUCAUCACCGACUUCAAAGCAGGUGAAGAUAUUUCAUGGAUAAUUACUUCUUACAAUGUAGCAGGUGCGGUACUACAACCUUUAUGCGAGAAAUAUUCAAAUAUUUUUGGAAGAAAGUUAGUAUCACUCGUGGCAAUAUUCAUUUUUGGAUCUGGUUCGAUAUUAUGUGGUGCUGCGCAAAAUAUUCAAUGGUUAAUUUGCGCAAGAGCUCUAAUGGGAUUAGGUGGUGGAAUUAUCAUACCAACUGUAUUUACCAUUAUAUCGGAUGUCGUUCCUACUCUUCAACGUAAUCCUUUCAAUAAUUCUGUCAACUUUGCUUUUGCAUUUGGAUUGGUUUUAGGUGGUCAUUUUAUAUGA